AUGGUGUUUGUUAUUGGUAUCACAGGGAGAAUUUGUAGUGGGAAAUCAACAUUAUCAAAAACCCUGAUUAAAAGGAAAAUCCCAGUUAUUGAUUGUGAUAAAUUAGGACAUGAACUAUAUCAAAAAGGGUCAAUUGUUUAUGAUGACUUUAUUAAGUUAUUUGGAAAAGGGGUUGUAGGUGUAGAUGGGACAAUUGACCGAAAGAAGUUAUCAGAGCUUGUCUUUUCAAAUCCACAAAACGUGAAGAUAAUCAGUGAUUUAACAUGGCCUGCUAUAUACAAAUUACUCCAAGAACGAAUUAAGUCAUUAGAAAAAGAGGGUUAUCCAGUUGUUGGAGUUGAAGCCGCAUUAUUGAUCAGAGCAAAUUGGCCAAUUAUAAAUAUUAUUUGGGAAACUAGAAUUGAUGAGGUUGAAACAAUCAAAAGACUCAAGACCAGAAAUGGUUUGAGUGAAGAACAAGCAAAGAAAAGAAUUCAGUCACAACCAACACAAGAAGAAUAUGACAACAAGAGUCAAGUUCAGAUUAAUACUAUGGGAACCAUUGAAGAAACUGCAACACUCAUUAACAAGGAAGUUGACAAAUUAUUAGAACAAUUGAAAAUUACUUUAAACUAA